GCGAAAUGUUUCUCUAGUUGGUUCACUCUCUCUCUGCUAGGGUUUUUAAUUUUUUCUCAAUUCACAGCAUUGAUUCUUGCUAUUUGGUUUUUUGAUCUAUACUCGGUUGUAAAUUGAUCUACACAAAGCUAUGCCUCGGUAUUACUGUGACUAUUGCGACACAUAUUUAACCCACGAUUCUCCAUCUGUCAGGAAGCAGCACAACGCAGGCUACAAACAUAAGGCAAAUGUGAGAAGCUACUAUCAGCAGUUUGAGGAGCAACAAACUCAAAGUUUAAUUGAUCAGAGAAUCAAGGAACAUCUUGGCCAAACUGCUGCAUACCAGGUUGGUGCUGCUUACAAUCAGCAUGUAAUGGCUCAGAGGCCCCGCCCACCAGUUCUACCAACACCUGUUAUGCAAAUGCCUGGAGGUGCUCAGUUAAAUCCAGCAUUACUCCCAGGGAUGAGGCCUCCUGUUCUACCAAGGCCAAUUCCUGGUCCUCCAGGUUAUGUGUCUGCUCCAGGCAUGCCAUCGAUGGUGGCACCACCUGGUGCUCCUCCUGUACCUGGUCAAGUAAAUGGUCUUCCUAGACCUCCUCCUGUGCUUAAUCCAAUAGCAGUUCCUGGUAGUGCCGCGCCACCUCCUUCGUCUACUGGAGCUCCUACCAUGGUUACACCUUCAUAUCAAGCAAAUUCAUCUGUUCCAACGAGCGGUGGGUUUGAUGGUUUCAAUGCCAAUGCCCAAGCUAAUGAGUCCAAUCAUUAGUAUGUUCCAAGCCGGGAGUCUAACUAGCACUUUCACUGCAUGAUGUAUGACUUGGGGUUCUGGAUAGGUUGUAAUGUGCUCCCAGAGCUUGGCAUGCAGCCCAAAAUGGUUGUGAAUUUUUGUCAUUUUUGUAAACAUUAAUGAAAUGUCAUGGAACCCAUGUAGUUAUGUUAAAAGGUUGUGAAAAAUUUCUAUUCAAUGUGAUUUGAUUAGUGGCGGAAUAAGAAUAGAAGAAGUUUGAGACUAAUACAAGUAAUUGCUGAAA